AUGGCCGGCCCCGUGGACGCCCGCGACGAGGGCGCAAAGCCUCAGUCCGCGUCCGCGCCGACGUCGACGUGGGCGCGCAUCCGGAGUCAAGCAGUCAAGAUUUUCAAUCUUGUUUUGGCGCAGUGGCUCGUUAUCGGGUUCGCUCUCAGUUGUGUGUUUGCGUACUUUUUUCCGAAUGUCGCGGCUAGAGGUGGACCGAUCAGGUCAGAGUACACCAUCAUCUACGGCGGCAUCGCCAUCAUCUUCCUCGUCAGCGGCCUGCAGCUCUCGCACGCGAAGCUGAGGCAGAACGUGGCCAACUGGCGGCUGCAUAUUAUUGUUCAGGGGAUCAGCUUUAUUGUCAUUCCUGUGAUACUUCUCAUCAUCGUCCACAUCAUCAUAGCAGCAGGCAGCCUCCGCACCCAAGCCCUCUCAACCCCCAUCAUAGUAGGCAUGGUCGUCGCCUCCUGCCUCCCAACAACAAUCGCCUCCAACGUCGUAAUGACCCGCGCCUCGGGCGGCGACGACGCCGCCGCCAUCAUCGAGGUCGUCAUCGGCAACGUGCUGGGUAGUUUCAUCUCUCCCGGUCUGAUUUACGGCUUUAUCCCAAAAACACCAGAGUUUGCAGACUGGCAGCCCGCGAACCCGAGUACCCUGGGCGCGAUGUACGCCAACGUGCUGAAGCAGUUGGGCUUGAGCGUGUUGUUGCCGUUGGCUGUGGGACAGGUUGUGAGGUGGUUUUGGGAGAAGAAGGUCGAUUGGGCGUUGAGGACGUUUUAUCUUGCUAAAGUGUCGACGUUUUGUCUGAUUUUGCUUGUUUGGACAACCUUCUCAGCAGCCUUCAAAACAGGCGCCCUCUACGUAACCCCCCACCCCUCCAUCAUCUUCAACGUCUUCAUGAACGUCGCCCUCUACGCCCUCUUCACCCUAAUCUGCUUCUACGCCGCCCGCCCCCCUCUCGCCCUCUGCAAAGCACUUAACCCCCGCCUAUCCGACUCCCGCCUCCUGCAGUUCCGCUGGGUCCCCAACUUCCUCCGGCGCUCCCUGACGGUCCGUCAGCUGCCGAGAGAGCAGAUGAUUGCCGUAUGCUUCUGCGGCGCGGCCAAGACGACGUCGUUGGGGAUCCCGUUGGCGACGGCCAUGUGGACGCAGUCGGAUGAUUUGACGAGGGCGCUGAUUCAGAUUCCGGUGUUGUUGUAUACGAUUGAGCAGGUUUUCAUGGCGCAGAUUUUGGUGUAUGUGUUUAAGUGGUAUUUGAGACGGGCUGCCAAGGCUGAGGGGGAUGGGACGGGGGAUGAGGAGGGGGGUAGUGUUGGCUCUGGGGUUGUGAGUGUGGCUGGGGGACGGGGAGAAGAGGAGGAUCGGUCUUCUGGAAAGUCGAUUGGUGAGAGGGAUGAUGAGAAAAAGGGUGGGGAGGGAAGAGACGGGAAUAAUGUGGUGCCCGUCAAGACCAUUUCUGAGGCAUAA